AUGGCUCUCCGCUACCCUACCGCCCUCGGCAUCGCGGCCUUCAUGGUCAUGGUCGCCACCCUCUUCUUCUGGCUCGCGGCCAUGUCCACCCCGAUCACCAAGUCGCUCUGGUAUCUCCGCGCCCGGGCCAACGUCGCUGGCACAGGCAACGUUUACUAUGGCAACUUUGGCUGGUCAGCCGGGGAUGGCGAUACUCUUGACUAUCGGAACGUUGGGUACGAGUGGGCGCCAUACAUCAGCAGCAAGGGGUUGACGGGAUCGCUCAUCCUCGUUGCGCUCACCGCAGCGUUUGGGACGAUUGCCUUCUUCGCCCUGAUGGGUAGUAUCAGGGCGUUGCGGCUGGGCAUGUGUGCAAUCUUCACCACCAUCUUCACCAUCCUCCUCUCCACCCUCUCCUUCAUCCUCAUUGUCUCCACCUUCGUCACCGCGCACCGCCGCUUCUCCUCGGACGGCAUCAACGUCGCAAACGGCCCCGCGUUUGUCCUGUCCAUUAUCGGCUGGCUGCUGUACCUCUUCGCGCUGCCGUUCCUCGUGCUCGCUCUCCGUGCGCUCAGGCGGGACAGGCGAGACGGCGUCGUGGUCAGAGAUGGAACGGUCCAUGAGACUAAGACGACCACCACCACCACUACCGGGAGGAAGAAGCGGUUCUUCUAG